UUCGGCCUUGCUGUUUUCUUGAAUUCUUGGUGCAUGGUUGAGGGCUGUUGGAGUCUGGAUUAUUAGUUUGCGAUGUUUUCAUGUCCGUUUAGCGCGUUGGCUGUAUGAGUGCGGAGAUCUUGUCGGCUUCAGAUUCUUCAGUUCUCCCGAUUGUUCGUGGGCCCGUGGUUUGUAGCAAUCCCCCGUAUUUGACCAAUGGCUUUCGCUAGUAGAAUUGGAAACGUGCUUAAGAGAACUUCAGUGUCCUCGAAUUCGCCGUUGUUUCAGGCAGUAAGAUGCAUGUCUUCUUCAAAGCUUUUUGUUGGAGGACUCUCAUAUGCCACAGAUGACACCACUCUGAAGGAUGCCUUUUCGCAGUAUGGGGAUGUCCUUGAAGCUCGAAUCAUCAUUGACCGGGACUCUGGGAGGUCAAGGGGAUUUGGAUUUAUAACUUAUUCAUCCAGCGAAGAAGCCGCAGCUGCAAUUACUGCCAUGGAUGGCAAGGACCUUCAAGGACGAACUUUAAAGGUGAACCAUGCCAAUGACCGUGCUGGCGGAAUACGCGGAGGUGGUGUGUUCGGCUCUGGUUAUGGUGGUGGAGGUGGAUAUGCUACUGGUGGGUAUGGCAGUGGCGGUGGAUAUGGUGCUGGCGGGCACGGCGGUGGCAGUGGAUAUGGUGUUGGCGGGCAUGGCGGUGGCAGUGGAUAUGGUGCUGGCGGUGGCGGUGGCGGUGGCAGUGGAUAUGGUGCUGGCACGUAUGGCAGUAGCAGUGGUGGAUAUGCCGGCAAUGGCAGUGGAUAUGGUGGCACGUAUGGCAGUAGCAGUGGUGGAUAUGCCGGCAAUGGCAGUUACAGUGAUAGAGCUACUGGUGGUGGUUAUGCUAGCAACUACAACAAUGCUUCUAGUGGCGAAUAUACCGGCAAUGGUGGUUACGGUGAUGGAGCUACUGGUAGUGGUUAUGUUAGCAACUACAAGAAUACUUCUGGUGGCGGAUAUGCUGGCAAUGGAAGCUAUGGUACCUCCGGCAAUUCUGAUGGAAACUCUGGUGGGUAUAAUGCUCCCAACACCUAUGGUGCAGGGAAGUGCAACACUGGAGCUGCCGGUGGUGGAACCUUUGGUGAAAUCGGUGGCGGCUUCAGCGGUGGAGGUUUCAGUGCUGCUGGUCGCAACAACGACAACAACUUUGCUGGAAAUGCGACCGGCGGAAGCUACAAUGGCAGUGGCGGUGCUGGUGAAUUUUCUGGUGGCCAGGCCAUGGGCUAUGGGGCUAACAAGGUUCAGUAUAAUGGCCAAGACGACCUGUUGGGGGAAGACUUCUUUGACGAUAAGAAAGCAGCAGAACAUAGAUAAGAUGAGAGUGUUGCGUACUUGCAUCCCUUAAGUCUCCGCUGCCAAUCUUUUUGCGCCAAGAUGGUGCUAUUUGGAUCAAAUAAAAACUUUUUUAGGUCUUAGGGUUAUACAUCAUGUAUUGCUUUAGUUUUUCCGUGAUGUUUCAAGACAAGUAAUGUGAUGCUUUUCACAAUGGUUGCAGUUAUAUUCUCUGUUGAGGAAUCAAGGUCAGUUAACCUGUUAA